CGCGAAGGUGACGAGAGUGAUGGAAGUAGCGCGAUUUGAAGGGAAUGGAUUUUUGGAAACGCACAUUGUAGAAUCAGUUUCAUGGGAUGAUCUUGAGAGAUACGCUGCUAGCAAAGCCGGUGGCUCUUCUGAAAAACACCACCACUCCUGGAGAUCUCACCAGCACGACUCUUCUAGAAAAGAUGACGAAUCACCUGGAGAAUUGUACGAACUGUGGAGGCAAGAACAGAACAUCAUAGCUGCAAGACUAGACAAGGAGCUUAAAUCCAGGUGGGAGCUUGAUGAACUGAUUGAGGAACAGCUGAGUAGAUACCAGUCGCAUUACUACAAGGCUAUGGUUGCAACGUCUUUGAAGGAUGUCUCUAACCUUCUCAUGCCUACGUGGAUACCGCCUCAUGAGCUGGCUGCUGUGUCUUGGCUUGGAGACUGUCGUCCUACCGCUAUUCUUGACCUUCUUCGUGUACUGGCUGCUCAGAAUCCUAAUUUCUCUCUCUCUGAGUCGAGUGAGCGUGUGCUCUCUCAGCUUGUGCGUGAGAUUCGUAUUGAGGAGGCUGUGAUUGAUGAGGAGUAUGCGGAGAUUCAGGCGACUUGUGUUCUUCACCUUCCCUUUUCACCGCUCUGCAAUGCUCAGUCGCGUGAAGAAGCUCUAGGUUCUGUGCAGGAGUUGUUUGGUAACAUCAAUAAAGUCAUCUCAAAGGCACAACGACUCAGGUAUAAGGUGUUGGAACUGGUGAUGAAGAAGCUACUGAAUCAAACCGAUACAGCAGAGUUUGUGGUGGCAUUUGCAGGGAUUCAAGACGUCAUCCACCAGUACGGAGAGCAGAAGAAGCUGAAAAAGCUGUACCCGACAGUUUCUAUGAAGGGAUCAGGAUCAUCUAGUUAAGAGCUACACAUUCGGAGAGUAAAACUAAAAGCUGUGAUGUUGAAUCUUUGCCUGCUGCUGAUUACAUUCUUGGAUAUUUUGUCUUCUUAACAACUCAUAUAGUCCAUGUACAACAGUAUGAAACCUGAAAUUAACAGUUUCGCUGAUUACAUGUCUUGUUAUAUAGUCAUUGGUAUUAAGUACUUAGUAAAAGUAUAAACAAAGUUAC